AUGGGUGUUGGCGAUGAAGAACAUCCCCGCACAUGUGCUCUGAUGACCCAAGAUGCCUCUCUCAUCACUGUCCGUCAUGCCGAUUUGUCAUCACGUACGGGGCAGGACGAGCUAACAGUUGGACUUCCCGCUUACAUUCCAAGCUGGAGAGAAGAGGACCGGAACGCCAGGCCAGGCGCCGGUAGAGAUAAGUACCAGUGUAUGUUUUCCAUCAAACACAAGAUCCAGCGGAGUGAAGAAUUCGAUGUAAUUUAUGGUCUUUACGGUCAAUACGUCCUACCUGUUUCCCAUAACCUUACAGGCUGCGGGCGGCCGAUGGAGCGCAUCGUCGGAGGUGUGAACGCCGUGCAGGGGGAGUGGCCCUGGCAGAUCAGCUUACAGAUGAAAAACAUUUCAUAUUGCGGGGGGUCCCUGCUCACCGACUCGUGGGUGCUGACCGCGGCUCACUGCUUUCAGCCUCUGAACCUUUCGGAUCUUACCGUCUACCUUGGAGCGUACCAGCUCACAGACCUCCAAAACCCCACCGUAGUGGCCAGGGGAGUAAAACAAAUCCUUGUGCACCCCAAAUUCACUGAGGAGGGAUCCAGCGGGGACAUUGCACUGUUGCAACUGAAAACACCCGCCAUAUUUACCACUUCCAUUCUUCCCGUGAGCCUUCCAUCUCCGAACAUCACUCUGCCAGGGGGGACCCUCUGCUGGGCAACUGGCUGGGGCAACAUUAAAGAUAAUGUCAACCUCCCCAACCCGAAGACCCUACAAAAGGUCCAGCUGCCUCUGAUUGACAACCAGGAUUGUAAGACCAUGUACGAAACGGGCCUGUCCAACGGAGGGCAACUAAUCAAGGAGGACAUGCUGUGUGCCGGUUUCCCAGAGGGCCAGAAAGACUCGUGUCAGGGAGACUCAGGCGGCCCACUGGUGUGCAAUGUGAAUGGAGUAUGGCUGCAGUUUGGCAUCAACAGUUGGGGUUUCGGCUGUGCAGAGCCCAAUCAUCCGGGUGUCUACACCAGGGUUCAGUAUUACAAGUCCUGGAUCCAGCAGUACAUCCCAAACAUUCAGUUCAGUGAAGGAGGGACUUCAAUAUCUCCAAGUAGCACCUUCAACCCAACAAAAUUUAACUCGACCACAUAUUCUAUGACCAGCACUGUGAGCUCCACUCUUUACAAUCCAAAGAGCUCACAUCCUCUCUUAAUUGAGCUCUAUGCAUUCUCCAGUACGGCUUACUCCCACUAUGUUCGCUAUAUCUCCCGCAACAAGGUUCACAUCCUUCCAGAAGUUAGCUCACCAGUAGUGUUCACCUCCUUCCUACAAUGA